AUGAUGACUAACCAGGGCAAUCAUUACUUAAACCCAAUCGCAUUGCCCACGCAAGGCGGUCCCCCGGGUUGGCGUGAUUACCAAAGUAUUGGUGUGCAGCUGCGGAGUAUUAUGCGUGAGGCCUGCGGUGAACCCCCCGCCGGCACUGACCGCGCAAAGGUGGAGAAACGCAUCAACAUGCUGCAGUGCGCCCUUGAGGAGGUAGAACAGUGGAAGCGGGAUAAACAACUCAUAGCAGAUAUGACAAAAGCAAAGGAGUUGCGAGAUCAUCUUUUACGUCGGGCGAAACAGGAUGAGGAACGUAUGCUGGAAACGAGAAAGAAGUUUGAAGAAAGGCAGAGAAUGGUAAGAGAGAUGCAAGAAGAUAGAAAACUUUACUAUAGAAGCCGAAAUCAGCAGAUAGAUGAAAAAAUAGGGUUGUCCAAGGCUCAUACAGCAAACGUGCAUACAGUGAUUAUGGAAAGAGCUGAAGCGGAAAGUGAAAAAAGAAAUAGAGCCUUACUUAGAUUAAAGGAAGAACGUGAACGGGCUACACAGGAACAUAAGGAAAAGAGUCAACAACGCAUGGAACACUGCCGUGCAGUUCUUCAACGUCGAAAAGAAAGAGAAGAAGCCAUUCGACGAGAAAAGAAACUUGCGUAUUUGCGGCAUGAAGAGGAACUUAUGAGAUGUCAAGCCACAAAUAUUGAGCAAUCACGUGAUACCAGUCAACCUCGAAGAGAUUUUAGGAGUCGUUCACGAAUGAGGGAUGAAACUCGUGAUGGGAGUGUGAACUCCGAGUCAAGAUCAAGAUCGAAAGGACAAGAUGAUCUCAUUAAGCGAAUAAAGGAAAAGGAACAACAACAUCAAGAACGAUAUGAAGCUGAAAGAGCUGUUCGUCUCUAUGAAAUACAACAGAGAGCGAUGGCACGAAAAGAAAGACAAGAGAAGCAGCAACGUAAUUACGUAGAAGUUCUGGAAAAGAGACUCCAACGUGGUGAUGAGAUUAUUGAGUUAGCACGGAAAAAGAAACAACGGGGAGAAAAGGCGAAAAAAGAACGUGAAGCUCGUGAUGUUCAAGCGGGUGAGGCUAUUUCACGAGAUGUGGAAGAACAUCGCAAACGUGCUGAGGCCUUUGAACAGGGGACUCGCAAUGCCGCAUUAAAGAAGAACUAUCGUAGAUGGAAUGAACGAGCUGCACGUGUUCUUCGCCAACUAGAAGAAGCUCUUAAUGCAGAUAAUGAUAUUAAUCUUGGGAAAGGAGCUGCAGUUGGAUUUCUUCCGCAAAUGAGUAGUCUUUAUAAUGAUCAAAGAAAUUAA